AUGGAUAGGUACCAGAAGGUCCAAAAACCCAAACCAGACUCUCCCAUCAACGAAAAUGAGAUCCGAAUCACCACUCAAGGCGCCAUUCGAAACUACAUCACUUACGCCACUUCACUUCUUCAGGAAAAGCAGGCUAAAGAGAUUGUCUUGAAGGCAAUGGGACAAGCAAUCAGCAAGACAGUUGCCAUUUCAGAGAUUCUGAAGAAGAGGAUUGCCCAUUUGCACCAAGAUACUGCCAUCAGCUCAGUUAGCAUAACAGAUGUGUGGGAGCCCAUUGAAGAGGGUCUUGUACCUGUGGAAAUGACUCGACAUGUCUCUAUGAUCUCAAUCACCUUAUCAACCAGAGAAUUAGACACAAAUUCCCCUGGCUAUCAAUCUCCAUCUAAUGUGGAACAACCAAAGCCACACUCUAAUCAUCAGCAGCAACCUAUGAAACCAGCACAAGAUUCUUAUAAUGCUGUAAAUGAAGAUUCGUAUGGCCGAGGUCGUGGUCGAGGUAGGGGAAGAGGAAGAGGAAGGAAUUGGGGAAGGGGUGGUUAUGGAAAUUAUCAAGGUGGUUAUGGAAAUUAUCAAGGCGGUUAUGACUAUUACCAAGGUGGAUAUGCAAAUUAUCAAGAUAAUGGUGGGUAUUCUAAUCGUGGCCGAGGUGGAGGUCGAGGCAGAGGUUGGGGGUAUCGUGGUACUGGUUAUGGUGGCGGAAGAGGCGGAGGUUAUGAAGGCGGAAGAGGCGGAGGUUAUGACGGUGGCAGGGGCGGAGGUUAUGACGGCGGCAGGGGCGGAGGUUAUGACGGCGGCAGGGGCGGAGGAUAUGAAGGCGGCAGGGGCGGAGGAUAUGAAGGCGGCAGGGGGGGAGGUUAUGACAGCGGCAGGGGCGGAGGAUAUGAAGGCGGCAGGGGCGGAGGAUAUGAAGGCGGCAGGGGUGGAGGAUAUGAAGGCGGCAGGGGAGGAGGUUAUGUAGGCGGCAGAGGGGGAGGAAUGGGUUAUGUAGGAGGCAGAGGUGGAGGUAUGGGUUAUGAAGGAGGCAGAGGUGGAGGUAUGGGUUAUGAAAGAGGCAGAGGUGGAGGCAGGGGAUAUGGCCGUGGUAGGGGAAGAAUUGGCGGCCGUGGUCGGAGUGGCGACAACCAAGCAUAA